AUGAAUGAAAAACAAAAACAAUUACACGCCGUGCUUGAGGAUAGUGCUACAGUGCUUCGGAAAACACAAGUUAACCUAAAAAAGUGCCCCAAGGCGAGAUUAACCAAGGGUUACAUCGAGUCUCGGAUUAAAAUGAUUGACGAAUACUGGGCUACGUUUAACCACAGCCACCAAGAGUUGGUCAAGGUCACACCUACGGAGCAAAAGGGUGAUUUACCAUACUUUUUGAAUGAGGAGUUUUUUAUUUACGAAGAUUUGUACAACGUACUCCGAGGUGAUUUGAUGGACAAACUGGCCGGUUUAGUGCAGGAGACGUUAAUGGAAACUUCUGUUGCCAACUCAAGUUACGUGAUGGCAGGAACACAAAACAACUUUGUACGUUUGCCGCGGAUCGAGUUACCUACUUUUAGUGGAAGUUAUGAAGAGUGGCCCGCGUUCAAAGAUUUAUUCAUUUCACUCGUGCAUAACAACAAGAUGUUAAGUGACGUACAAAGGCUACAUUAUUUGAAGACAAGUGUUACUGCCGAAGCGUCGUCGUUACUGAGGCACAUUCAAAUUACGUCUGAUAAUUACUCACAAGCAUGGCUGAUCCUGAAAACAAGGUAUGGCAACAAACGAUUAAUUUUGAACAAUAAUUUGAAGAAAUUAGUUAACCAGCGUAAAAUGACCACACAAUCAGCUGCUCAACUGAAAGUACUCUUAGAUACAACGUCAGAGUGUCUACACAACAUUCAAAACCUGAAUGUUUCUGUUGACUCUUGGGAUCCACUUGUGAUAUUUUUGCUUGUUCAGAAAUUGGACCCAGAGACGCAUAAAGACUGGGAAGAGCAUGCGUAUAAGAGUGACUCUGAACCCUUGCCGAAGUGGAACGAUUUUAAGGAGUUUCUAGAGGCCAAGUUUCGUACGCUGGAACUAAUUACAAAUAAUACAAAGGAAGUGAAGUCAAACAAGGAGCGAAGUACAUGCCAUGUUGCCACACCUACCUUCGAGAACAGGAGUUGUGUAAUGUGUAAAGAAAGUCAUACAUUAUGUCACUGCAAGGAGUUUACCAAGAUGGAACCUACGGAGAGAAGCGAAUAUGUCAAAAAUAACAACUUAUGUUACAACUGUCUAGUACCAGGGCAUUCAGCAUCAAAAUGUCGAGUACCUGUGUCCUGUAGAAUAUGUCACCGACGUCAUCACUCCCUUCUACAUCAACUAAAGCAGACUGAGCCUGUGGCCCCUACGAGUCCCUCACAACCACUGGCUUCAUCAUUACAUGUUGUAGAAGACAUAGAAGAAGUGCAAGCAAACACAGUGAUCGCGUUACAUCUCAAUACUAGACAGAAUUCAGCACUACUAGCGACCGCUGUGGUGGAAGCAAGAAGCAAUAGAGGUCACAUCAUUCCACUGCGCGCGCUAAUAGACCAAGGUUCCGAAGAAUCAUUUAUAAGCGAGAAAGCGGCUCAACUACUAAAGCUUGACCGACAACAUGUAAGGGGAAGCAUCACGGGCUUGGGUCCCAUGAGAACAGAAAUCAACCACGCCUGUGAGCUACAAAUAAAAUCACAGUGGGAUAAAACAUUUGUCCUACCGGUUAAAGCUUAUGUAAUGUCAAAACAGCUGACCAGGAAGAUACCCAAGAAACAUAUUGUUCAACAACCAUGGCCUCAUCUACAAGGAUUACAGCUAGCGGAUCCUAAUUACAACAACUCGGGACCCAUAGAUCUCUUGCUAGGGGUCCGAGUAUACGCUAGAAUACUGCAAGCAGAACUAGUCAAAGGUCCACCAGGUACACCAUGCGCACAAAAAACUGACCUGGGAUGGAUUCUUUUUGGAGAGAGUGAUAGCACAUCACAAGAAGAUUCUUACCUCGUCAUGCACCAUCAGGUCGAUAUAGAAGACACACUGAAGUCUCUAUGGGAAAUAGAAACAGACACUAAGAGAAAACAUACCAAGGAAGAACAGCUAUGUGAAGAAAUCUAUGAAAAAACAGUCACUCGAAACCAAGAAGGAAGAUACAUUGUGAAGCUGCCAUUUAAGAUUGUGAAUCCAAAGGUACUUGAUGGAAAUACAAAAGAGAUAGCUACAAAGAGGUUCCUGCAACUAGAAAGAAGAUUUAAGCGUUCGCCGAACCUGAAAACAGAAUACAUAAAGGGUAUUAACGAUUACCUUGAAGAAGGACAUCUAGAAGAAGUACCUGAAAAGGAAAAAGAAGAUAAAUCGGUAUACCUACCACACCACGCUGUAAUUCGCGACGACAAAGAAACCACGCGCACGCGCAUUGUUUUCGACGCGUCCUGCAAAGGAUCAAACAACGUCUCAUUAAAUGAUGAACUGAUGAUAGGUCCACAACUGCAAGAUGACUUAAGAAAUCUUUUAAUGAGAUGGAGACUGAAACGAGUUUGCUUCGUGGCAGAUGUCCAGAAGAUGUACCGCCAAAUAUUGGUAACAAAAGAGGACGCAAAUUACCAACGAAUUCUAUGGCGACAAGACGAGUCUGAAGAGUUAAAAGAGUACCGUAUGCUUCGAGUCACUUUCGCGAAGUGGCAAUCAAAACAAUAA